AUGUCUCUCUCGAGCGCCUUCCUCGGGAGCGCAGCAGCUGCUGCUGCAGGAGGCGCUUUGCUGCUGGCCGACGGAGCAGCAGCAGCAGCUGCUGCUGCAGCGCACGCAGCCGCGGUAUCCCCCGACACCGAAGCAGGAGCAGCAGCAGCAGCAGCAGCAGCAGCAGGAGAAAACCACCGCUACUUCGUUAGGAGUUUCAGGCCGAGGCCCCUCCACAGGUCCUCCACAGCAUCUACUCUUUUGCUGACAGUUGCUGCUGCUGCUGCAGUUGUGCUGCUGGUGGCCUUUUGCAGCCUCGCCCUCAACAGAAGCCGCAGACUUGCUGUUGGCCUUCGCUACUUAGCAGCAGAAGAAGCAAAAGAGGCUUGUGGGGUGCAGCCGGAAGCAGCAGACGAAGAGUCCGAGGCCCCCGAGGGGCCCCCGGAAGGGCCCCCCGAGGGGCCCCCGGAGGGGCCCCCUGCAGGGGCCCCCGGGGGGAGCCCCGGGGGGGCCCCAGAGGAGGCCCCCCAGGAGGCCAGGCAGGAGGCCCCCAAGGGGGCCCCCGAGGUGGGCCCCCCGGGGGCCCCCUCGGGGGCCCCCUCGGGGGCCCCCGAGAGGCCCUCCGAAGACCUGCUGCGGAAGCUGGCUGAAGCUGCACUCAGCACCUCUUUUGCUGCUCCCCCAGGCACUUCAGCAGAGGAAACGAAGCUGCACGCGCUUGCUGCAGCAGCAGAAGCUGCUGCUGCAGCAGAGGAGCCGCCGCGGAAGAUGGCCAAAGUCGAUGAUGGAACAGCAGCAGCAGCAGCAGCAGCAGCAGGAGAUGGCCCCGACGGCAACGGCCAUAGAAGCAGCGGAAGCCACAGAAGCGUCAGCAGCACGAGCAGCGUGCGCAGCUGGAGCGGCAGCAGCAGCAGCAGACACAGCAGCAGCUCAGCUGACUGGAGCGGCAGCGGCGAGGCCAGCAGAACGCGGGCCUCUCGAGGAGCUACUUCUGUUGAGUGGUGGCUGCAGCAGGGAACUUCUGCUGCUGCUCCGCAGCAGCAGCAAACAGCAGCAGCAGGGGAGCGAAGAGCCAAGACGGAGCAGCAAGAUGAUGGGAAUGAUUUGCUGGAGGAGUUGGACAGCCUGGAGCAUGUGCAGCGGGUGCGGAGGCUGCAGAAGCAGAACACUGUCAGGCAAACAAUGCGGCUGCAGCAUGAAGCGGUUUCGCAGCAGAUGGCUUCGCUGCAGCAGCAGCAGCAGCAGCUGCAGCAGAUGCAGCAAAUGCAGAUGGGGCAAGUUCGGCUUGGGGUCCCCCCUCCCGGGUUUCCCAUGGGGCUCAGAGAACCCGGCCUGCAGCACAUGCAGCAGCUGCAGCACCUGCAGCACCUGCAGCAGCUGCAGCAGAUGCAGCAGCUGCAGCAGAUGCAGCAGAUGCAGCGGAUGCAGAGAGGGCCACCUCCCCCGGAGAUCAUGGAGGCGCAGCGAGUGCAUGAGAAGCAGCGGGAUGAGGCCCGGAGGGCCAGAGAUGCAGCAGCAGCAGCAGCAGGUGGGCAGCGGCCGUCAGAGUCGGGGCAGCAGCAGCAGCAGUGCGCGAGUUCACGGGAACGGCGCCCCGAUCGGGACACGCUGCAGCAGCAGCGGCAUAGACAGAACAUCGCGCUGCAGCAGAUGCAGCAGGCGAAGGAUCAAGCAGCCAUAGCGCAGCUCAUGCAGCUGCAGCAGCUGCAGCAGCUUCAGCUGCAGCAGCUGCAGCAGCUCCUGCAGCAACAGCAGCAGCAGCAGCAGCAGCUGAUGCAGCAGUUGAGGAGCCAGUCAGCAAUGAAUUCCGCUGAGCAGUACCUGUCUCAACUCCAGGAUUUGCAGAACAUGCAUCUGCAGCAGCUGCAGCAGCUGCAGCUGCAGCAGCUGCAGCAGCUGCAGCUGCAGCAGGUGCAGCAGCUUAAGGCCAUGCGCUCCUCUAGCGCGCUGUCGGCUCCCUGGUCGCCUGCGCAGCAGCCGCUGCAUCUGCCCCCUCCGAUGCUUCCCGAAUCAAUACUUGGAGGUCCUGUCCCGUUUCCCCAGCCUGUGAAGCCCCCGCAGCAGCAGCAGCAGCAGCAGCAGCAGCUGCCGCUGCCCAGGCCGCAGCCGCUGCGGCCCGUGCCGCGGAUGGCCCACGGCAUGCCAAUGCCGCCGCACCCGAUACCGGGGCCCUCUUCGCUGCUGCAGAUGCCUCCGCCGCCGCUGCUGCCGCCGCAGCAGCAGCAGCAGCAGCAGCCGGGCUCUUCCCGGCGUCAAACGGUGGUGCGGCCGCCGCAGGGGCCGCCCAUAGUCCCUCCUCCGGCGCUGCUGCAGCAGCAGCAGCUGCAGCUGCAGCUGCAGCUGCAGCAGACGCGGCCGCAGCAGCCGCAGCAGCAGCCGCAGCCACAACCGCAGGCGCCGCUGCCGCUGCCGCUGCCGCUGCCGCUGCCGCAGCAGCAGCAGCAGCAGCAGCAGCAGCAGCAGCGAAAGCGCUCGCGCGACGGGCGGCCAGUUCCCAUCUUGCCUGCUGGCUUCCCUGGGCAGAGGCCGGUGAUGCCGGUGAUGCCGCUGGAGCUGAUGCCUGCUGCUGCUGCUGCUACUCAAAGGCCGGUGGACCAUGGCCUGGACGGAACAGCAGGAAGGUUCCCGCUGCUGUCGACUUUGCUGUCGAAUGGAGAAGAUGGAGCUCCGAAAAUUACUUGGCGAGAAGCCUACGGGGGCUCCAGUCCGGCAGAGGAGAAGCCGGAAGCAGCAGAGGGAGGAGCAGCAGAAGGAGCAGCAGAAGAAGCAGCAGAAGCAGCAGCAGCAGUAAAAGAGGAAGAAGAGGGCGGCGGCGCCGCGGAGAGGCCCCGGGGGCCCCCCGGAGCAGCAGCAGCUGCUGCUAUUGCACUGAUGCAAGCAGCAGCACAAGCGCAGGGAGCAAGAGAAAGGCAACUGCCUACACCAGAGGCCCUGGACCUUUCAAUGAAGAAGCCGGAGGAGGAGUCUGGGAUUCGCUACCUGGACGUAGCAGCAGCAGAAGCAGCAGCAGAAGCAGCAGCAGAAGCAGCAGCAGCAGCAGCAGCAGUGGACGAGGAGCGUCUGGCUGCGGAGCUCGUUGCUGCUGGCGCGGGCGACGAGGACAGCGACGACGAGGAAGGCGCGCUGGAGAUUGUGGAGGACUCGGAGGACGAGUUGGAGGAAGCAGCAGCAGCAGCAGCGGCGGAGGCGGAGGCAGCAGCAGCAGCGGCGGAGGCGGAGGCAGCAGCAGCAGCGGCGGAAGCAGCAGCAGCAGCAGCAGCAGCAGAGGCGGAAGACGACUCGUCGGAGAGGCACACGGAAGGCGAAGAGAGCAACGAGGCGGACGACGACGUGAUAGCGCUGCCGGGCCCGUCGAGCGCUCCCGCGCCCCCCUCCUCCCCGUCCGCAGCAGCAGCAGCAGCAGCAGCAGCAGCAGCAGCGGAAGCCGCGGAAGCAGCAGAAGAGGGCCCGUCGUGCAGCGAAGAGGGCGGCGACGGCGAGCCCGAGCCGCAAGUGAAAGCCCCCCCCCUCUUCGCCGGAGUCUACGCCCACCCCUUCUGCAGACUCCCGCUAGUAGACAAAACAAGAAUCUUAAGAUAUUUUGAUCCAAAUAGAGCUCUUUCAAGAGUUGAACAAGCCCCGCAGGCCGCGCCGCUGCUGCGGCAGGCCCACCAGCUGCUGUCGAAGCUGUUUCUGACUUCGCAGGAAAUGCUGUGGCUGACCGGCGUGGCCGAGGGGCUGGUGGCCUGCCUGCUGCGGCACCACCAGUCGGACCUGGGGAAGCUGAAAGGCAGCAGAAGAGUUGAACAACUCGGACUUCGCUUUUUAAUCUUUGACGCAAUUGUUAGUGUUUUCAAUUUGCUGGGCCAGCGGCCCGAAGGCGAGUGGUGGACGCGGCUCACUGCGCACACGCCGCACGCGCCGCCGCCCCACGGGAUGCUCCCGCCCAAGACGGAGAAGGCGCAUGCAAAUGCUGCGUUGCUGCAGCGGCUCAGCAACGCGCUGCAGCAGCUCAAGCAGGGCCGCCGCAACGCUUAUUUGGAAACUUACAAGCUCAAGUUUUUGCUGUUCUGCGCGGAGAGCGGCUUCCGCAUGUUCCGCAGGAAGGUCUACUCCGUCUUCACCAAGGACUGCACCGAAUUCGCCUGGUGGCACUGA